CCAAUGAGGAAGCCUGGCAGGAUGGAGGGCGAGGCCUGGCAGCUGUAGUGCUUCUGGGCAGUAGAGGCGCGGGGUGCGGAGCUAGGGCGGCCGAGAGCCAUGGCGGCGGUAGUGGCGGCGGCGGCAGUGCGAGCCCGGAUCCUGCAGGUUUCUUCCAAGAUGAAAUCCAAUUCCGCCUGGUAUUCAGCAUCUUCCUUCUCUUCUUCAGUGCCAACUGUAAAGCUCUUCAUUGAUGGGAAAUUCGUUGAAUCCAAAAGUGACAAAUGGAUCGAUAUCCACAACCCAGCCACCAAUGAGGUCAUUGGUCGGGUCCCUCAGGCCACAAAGGCAGAAAUGGAUGCAGCCAUUGCUUCCUGCAAACGUGCUUUUCCUGCAUGGGCAGACACUUCAGUAUUAAGCCGCCAGCAGGUCUUGCUCCGCUAUCAACAACUUAUUAAAGAAAACUUGAAAGAAAUUGCCAAAUUAAUCACAUUGGAACAAGGGAAGACCCUAGCUGAUGCUGAAGGAGACGUAUUUCGAGGCCUUCAGGUGGUUGAGCAUGCCUGUAGUGUGACAUCCCUCAUGAUGGGAGAGACCAUGCCAUCCAUCACCAAAGACAUGGACCUUUAUUCCUACCGUCUGCCUCUGGGAGUGUGUGCAGGCAUUGCUCCAUUCAAUUUUCCCGCCAUGAUCCCCCUUUGGAUGUUUCCCAUGGCCAUGGUUUGUGGAAAUACCUUCCUAAUGAAACCAUCUGAGCGAGUCCCUGGAGCAACUAUGCUUCUUGCUAAGUUGCUCCAGGAUUCUGGUGCCCCUGAUGGAACAUUAAACAUCAUCCAUGGACAACAUGAAGCUGUAAAUUUUAUUUGCGAUCAUCCGGACAUCAAAGCAAUCAGCUUUGUGGGAUCCAACAAGGCAGGAGAGUAUAUCUUCGAGAGAGGAUCAAGACAUGGCAAGAGGGUUCAAGCCAAUAUGGGAGCCAAGAACCAUGGGGUAGUCAUGCCAGAUGCCAAUAAGGAAAAUACCCUGAACCAGCUGGUUGGGGCAGCAUUUGGAGCUGCUGGUCAGCGCUGCAUGGCUCUUUCAACAGCAGUCCUUGUGGGAGAAGCCAAGAAGUGGCUGCCAGAGCUGGUGGAGCGUGCCAAAAACCUGAGAGUCAAUGCAGGAGAUCAGCCUGGAGCUGAUCUUGGCCCUCUGAUCACUCCCCAGGCCAAAGAGCGAGUCUGUAAUCUGAUUGAUAGUGGAACAAAGGAGGGAGCUUCCAUCCUUCUUGAUGGACGAAAAAUUAAAGUGAAAGGCUAUGAAAAUGGCAACUUUGUUGGACCAACCAUCAUCUCGAAUGUCAAGCCAAAUAUGACCUGUUACAAAGAGGAGAUUUUUGGUCCAGUUCUUGUGGUUCUGGAGACAGAAACAUUGGAUGAAGCCAUCCAGAUUGUAAAUAACAACCCAUAUGGAAAUGGAACUGCCAUCUUCACCACCAAUGGAGCCACUGCUCGGAAAUAUGCCCACUUGGUGGAUGUUGGACAGGUGGGAGUGAAUGUCCCCAUUCCAGUCCCUUUGCCAAUGUUCUCAUUCACCGGCUCUCGAUCCUCCUUCAGGGGAGACACCAAUUUCUAUGGCAAACAGGGCAUCCAAUUCUACACUCAGUUAAAGACCAUUACUUCUCAGUGGAAAGAAGAAGAUGCUACUCUUUCCUCACCUGCUGUUGUCAUGCCUACCAUGGGCCGUUAGAAACAAGUUUGUUUAAGACUGACUCCAUCCUGAGUAAUCAAUCCCCCUUUAUUUUUGACCAGCUUCAUUUGUCAGCUUUGCUCAGAUCAGAUCUAUGGGAUUGGAAUACAUUGUAACUAAAAUCUUCCUCAGGACUAUUAACCCCUGCAAAGUUUCUAUAGGGAACUGCCUAGUGUAACAAUGAAAUCAGAUUUCUCACUUGCUCUUCAUACUUCUAUUUUUGAGGUAACUGUUGUAACUAUGAAAUGCUCAUCUGAAAUGAGUGCUUAAACCUGAUUUCUAAAAAUUAUCCCCUUUUCUGAUGAUUUGAAGGGGAGAAAAGCCAGUGUAUGUAAAGAAAAUGUUCCGGCCAGGCGUGGUGGCUCACGUCUGUAAUUCCAUCAUUUUGGGAGGCCAUGGUGGGCAGAUUGCUUGAGGCCAGGAGUUGAAGAACAUGGCGAAACCCCGUAUCUAUUUAAAAAAAUGGAAAAAGUAAAAAAAGAAAAGGGAAAAAAAUUUUUUUUAAAGAAGAUGUUCCAAUAAUUGCAAGAAGAACUCUUAGAUGGGGAAACAGGACAGAAAUAACUCACCGCUUUUGGUUGAUCCUCAAACAUAGCGCUAAAUGCCACUGGGAGAGACCUCCUGCAAAGUUUUCUUUAGCCCCUCCUUUAUCCCACAAUACACAAGAUAUAAUCCAUUUUUAUAUAUCCCAAAGUUGUGGCAACAGCUUCUUUCUUUUCUGCUCAAUGCCACUUUGUUUCCUAGUAAUUCAUGACCACUAUUAAUUCUAUCAUUGUCACUGCUCCUGCUUCUUAAGAUCACUUCUCAAAGAUACCUCAGUAAGCAAUGGAUAAAUCAACUUUUUGUUAUAUGUGCCAAGUACUAAGUUUCACGGUUCUCUUCAGCAAUCAUUAAUUAAUGCUUUAGCCAUUAAUUCAGAUGCAAAUAAUUUUCUUUUUUCUUUUUUUUGAGAUGGAGUUUUGCUCUUGUUGCCCAGGCUGGAGUGCAAUGGCGCGAUCUCAGCUCACCACAACCUCCACCUCCCAGGUUCAAGCGAUUCUCCUGCCUCAGCCCCCCUAGUAGCUGGGAUUACAGGCAUGCGCCACCACACCCAGCUAAUUUUGUAGUUUUAGUAGAGACGGGGUUUCUCCAUGUUGGUCAGGCUGGUCUCGAACUCCCGACCUCAGGUGAUCCGCCUGCCUCGGCCUCCCAAAGUGCUGGGAUUACAGGCAUGAGCCACCACACCCGGCCAGAUGCAAAUAAUUUUCUUAGAAAAUUAUUUCAAAAGUUAUUUUAGGUCCAGAAAUCAAGGAGUGUUCCAACCAUGAAAAUGGGUAAGACACCUGCUUUAAGCAAAUCUAACCUGCUAUUACUUGCCAAAUUUUAUAUAUUCUUUUCUCUUGCCUGUAUUUCUAAUUGGUGAUUUUUUAAAUGAAGAAUUCUUCAUGUAGAGCAACGGACCGGGCCUAAGAAAUUUUGAAGCUUUUCAUGACAUAAAGUGGUUAAAAAAAAAAAUGCUUUGACAGUCUUCUUCUGCCAUUAGUUCAACUGCCUUUACGCUUUUUUUUUUUUUUUUUUUUUGAGACAGAGUUUCGCUCUUGUUGCCUAGGCUGGAGUGCAAUGGUGUGAUCUCGGCUCACUGCAACCUCCGCCUCCCGGGUUCAAGCAAUUCUCCUGCCUCAGUCUCCUGAGUAGCUGGGAUUUCAGGCAUAUGCCACCAUGCCUGGCUAAUUUUGUAUUUUUAAUAGAGAUGGGGUUUCUCCAUGUUGGUCAGGCUGGUCUCGAACUCCCGACCUCAGGUGAUCUGCCUGCCUUGGCCUCCCAAAGUGCUGGGAUUACAGGUGUGAGCCACCACCCCCAGCUGCCUUUAUGCUUUUUGUUUCUUUGAUAUAUCUAAACUUAAGGUCAGAACAGAAAUUCAUGUGUUGAACAGAAUGGAUUCUUUUUGCAGUACCAUCCCAAUUGAAUCCUCUUUUUAUUUUCCUGCGUCCUUACUAGUCACUUUAAUAGUACUAACUAACCUACAUUAUGGGGUUUAUUCAUGAAUUAAGGAUGAUAAAAAAAAAAAAAAGACCUUGAAAAUGUUGUGUACCCUGUGGAUUUGAGGCUUAUUACUAACACCUGGCUGGAUAAAAUGUCAAAACCUUCAAUCACUUAAGGUGACUGUAUCUUUUGUAAAAUACACUUAUGAUCCUACUGGGCCUUUUUCUUUUUUGUGCUUUCCUAAAUAUGAGGCAAUAGAAAUUUAUAAUUUGAGACUACAGUGCCCCUUGUUUUAGCUCUUAUCACAGCUGGCAACUGGUAGUGAUUUUUUUUGUUGUUUUGUUUUGUUUUGAGAUGGAGUCUCACUCUGUUGCCCAGGGUGGAGUGCAGCGACACGAUCUCGGCUCACUGCAACCUCCACCUCCUGGGUUCAAGUAAUUCUCCUGCCUCAGUCUCCCGAGUAGCUGGGAUUACAGGUGCAUGCCCCCACGCCCGGAUAAUUUUUUGUACUUUUAGUAGAGACAGGGUUUCACCAUGUUAGCCAGGAUGGUCUCAAUCUCCUGACCUAAUGAUCCGCCCACCUCGGCCUCCCAAAGUGCUGGGAUUACAGGCAUGAACUACCGCGCCUGGCCCUGGUAGUGAAAUUUAAUCCAAUCCAACAACUAUAGGCUGGGUUAAAUAAAAGGUCAUUAUUGUCUAUAUUCUAAGUGGAAUUAAAUGUAGUCACAGAGACUCCUAACAUUUUCCUUAUAUUUAAGGGAAAUCACUUCUAAAAAAACACACUAAUCAGAAUUGUGCUGCUCUAAUUGGAAACAACUCAUCUGGUCAACUAUUUGCUGCUCAGAGUUUCUUAUUUCUUAGAUGAAAAAAACUCAUCAGUUAUAUUCAUGUGAUUGCAGCUAAAAAGUCAGUAGUUUCUUUUCUUUUUGUUCUAAUGUGGCUUCAUUUGAAAUUUCUCAGAUUCUACAUUGUACUAAUUGAUUAUGAGUAACAAAUUAUAAAUUAAAAACUCUUAAAGAGAAAAA